AUGGAUAAGUCAGUAACACGCGCACGCUUCGCAGCGUUAAUAUUCAACCCAAGGAUCUUUGAGAUCAUACUCAAAAAUUCCAUUGCUGAGUUCACGAUAAUGGGCGAUAAUGGAGAGAGACUUAUGACCACGAAUGGAUCAAAUGGUAGCUUCCCGGAAAAACUUAGAGAAGAAAGUAAAGGACUUGUUACUGCAAAAGAAGGCAAUAUUUUGUUCAGCUGCGGAAGGAAGGGUGUAUUUAGCUCUGGGAAAGGGAGGAUUUAG